AUGGUUAACUUUAACACAUAUUGCGUGGUUAAUGCUUUUUAUUUAAGUUGCCCAAAAAUUAAUUUAUUCCAUUAUUUGUUAUCAUUGGAUUAUGGAAGCGCUGCAACAGCAGCUAAUGUCUGGUUACAUCAUUCAGCAUCUGCUGGACAUAUUCCCCCUUGCAAUAAUAAUAUUGAAGCAAUGGAUAAUUCAAUUCCACUCAAUUCAUCUCCAUUAAGUACUUCAUCAAAUGGAAAUGCAGCAGAAAUGCGUUCAUCAAAUGAUGGGGAUGCUGAAGGUGUUUGGAGUCCAGACAUUGAUCAAGCAUUUCAUGAAGCUUUACAAAUAUACCCUCCAUGUGGAAGGCGUAAAAUAAUUCUCAGUGAUGAAGGCAAAAUGUAUGGACGUAAUGAAUUAAUUGCUCGUUAUAUUAAAUUAAGAUGUGGAAAAUCAAGAACUCGAAAACAAGUUUCUUCUCAUAUUCAAGUACUUGCAAGGAAAAAACAGCGAGAAGAGCAUUCAAGAAUAAAGACCCAACGUGAUAAUACUUUACCCGAAACAAACGCAAAUUCCUCUUCUGCCUCAACAACCUCAUCUGUUUCUAAUAAUCACACAACUGCCUCUGUUUCUGCUACAAUAUUGCCUUCCUCAAAUAAUAGCCUUCAACAACAAAAACAAAUUAAAAAAGCAGAAUCUGAAGAUUUAAUAAUUGGACAUUCAUUGCCUUCUAAUUCAUUAAAAAUAUUACCUUCCUCACCAAAUAAUCAAAAUCAAAUACAAAAUAUUUCUUUAGCCGUUGCUGCCUCACAACAACCACUUGCCAAUUUAAUUACCUCGAUUAAUAGGGAUCAAAUCGCCUCUGUACAAGCACAAGUUGCCAGGGCAGCCUCAGCAAUUUCUCAACAAAAUUGGCCUUCUUUAAUUGUUACUAACAAUAAUAAUAACCAACAUUUAAUGGCUGGAGCGCAGCUUUAUAUGGCUGCUUCCUCAAAUCCAUGUUCGAGUGUUGUUGCCUCAAUCCCCGCCGCAUUUGUUUCUAAUGGUAAUUGUCAAUUAAAUACAAAUUCUUCAUCAUCAGAACAAAUAAUAUUUACAACAACCCCUUCCUCAGCCUUUACAUGUGCAACAACAAUAAAUACAAAAAUGACUACAAUAGCAUCUCCCAAUUUAAUUUUAAAUGGAUUUACAGCUUAUAUUGAAGAACAAAAUUUAAUAAAAAAUAGAGAAAGAAGAGAGGAAAUGAUGGAAGAAGAAGGACAACAAAGAAUUGAAUUAGUACAUAUACCUAAAAAUUCUGAAACUCCUUUUGAAAGAAUUAGUUUAGAAUUAAUUCAAUCAAAAUAUCCACCAAUUUUACAAGAGCUUUUUAAACGGGGACCUUCAGAUGCUUUUUUUCUUGCAAAAUGUUGGGCAAAUAUGAAUUUUGAAAUAAAUGAUGAACAAAAUGCUUUAUUUGCUGUAGAUUCUUAUUAUGAAUCGAAUUUUGGAAGAUUUGAUAUUAUUGUUUCAACAAAAGUUUGUAGUUUUGGUAAUGAAGUUGUUGAGAAAGUUGAGAUUUAUUCACCAAUUGAAGAAGAUGAAGAUAUUAAACCUUCUUCACAACUUUGGCAUUUUCGAUUAGAAAAAUCCCCAAUGUGUGAAUAUAUGGUCAGAUUUAUAUCAGAAUUAAAAAAGCUGCAAGAGCCAUCUUUAAUGAAUAGUGUUUUGGAGAAUUUUACAAUUUUACAAAUUGUUUCAAAUAAACAAAGUGAAGAAACUUUAAUGGUUAUUGCUUUUAUAUUUGAAGUUCGUGAAGAUGGGGAGGAUGAAAUUUACACAAAUAUUUAUCGUUUAACAGAAUAA